AACCUUUUCUCUUCACUUCACCCAUUGAGUUGGGUAUCCUUUCCUCCUCCUUGUCCUCCUCCUACCUUUUGUCAUGAAGAAACCCUUAUCUGACUGAUUAACUUCAAUAUCUCUCCUAAACCUAUAUAUAUCACGUCAUUUUUUUUUCUUCCUAACAUUCCCUACCUCAUCACCAUCUCAUGGAUUUUUAUGAUCAUGGACUCUGAUCACAUGCAACGAAAACUUUCUGUAGGCACUGAUCCUGAUAUUGAUGAUUCUAGGUACACCAGUUUAAGAGACAUUAUUUUGAGUUCGCCGACAAGCCAAUCUGCAAUUCAAGAGGGAAGUGAAUUCGACUCGUCCAAGAUAACCAUUAGGAAUGAAUUGGUCAAGUUUGCAGCAUCUGCUUAUCUUCAAUCCGCGGCAAUCCUUGUUACGAAGAAUGAGAAUUGCUUCGCUAAAUACUGGGGGAAGCUGAGGAAUGAUGCUGCUACAUCGUGUUUGUGUUGGAAUGUGUAUUUCAAGGAGCCUUUGCAGGCUUGUUUCCAUCCAAUUUAUAGGUUUGUUUCGUAUUUAGGGGCCGUUUGGGAUCGGGCCAUUCGAGUGACAUGAAAUUAUACAUUGAUUUACUAAUCAAUUGUUUCCCAAAGAGGAAUUUUUUGUUGUUGUUGUUUUUCUUUUUCUAUGCUUCUCCGAAUCAGAUACAUUUUGAAUGUAAUUAUAUUUUUUUGCAGAGCUAUUUUGUAUGUAAUUAUUUAUUAAAAUGAUAUUUCGCCU